AUUAAAAAUCUGUCAUUCAUUCAUCAACAAAAUAACAUCAUACAUCAACAAACAUAGAAAUCUAAAAGUGAAAAUUCCAGAAAAAGACAGCGGAUCCAGUUCAAACAGAGGAACCCCACACACGGGAUCAAGCUCUGUUCGUCACCUUCACCACCCUUUUCCUGAAAUUUCUCAGUUUCAGAAAAUUACCUAAGGGCAAGAAAACCCCAAAAAUGUUAAAUCUCCAGCUGGUCUCUUCUAAAAAAAAAUCACAAUCCUUCUCUUUCAGCCGCUCGAAAUCUCCUUCUAUUCCUCCCAAAACUCAGGCGAAAAACUCCUCAACAGAAAACCAGACCCCCCCUAAAGACCUCUGCCUCUUGCUCUAUAUAGACCCAAAUAACAGUACAAUAACAUAAAAAAAAUUUCUCUGAGGAUGCUAAUUGUUUGUUAUUCACUGUCUUUUCUGCAUGGCUGUAGCGUGCAGGUUGCAGGGCGCAGGAUUGGGCACUGGAGUGCAUGAGGCGCAGCAAGGUGCAGCAACAGGGGUGCAGGCUCGGUGCAGGGGAGUAGGUGUAGCAUGCGAGGGGGUGAUGAUGGCUAGCGUGCAGGGGCAUCAUUGCCGGCAGUGGGGCGCAGCAGGGCAAGCAGAGUGCAGGCGAUCUAGUGCAGAGCGCAGUAGCUGGUGCAGGAAGCAAGGCCGGGCGCAGCAGAGUGCAGGCUGGGGCAGAGUGCAGACGAUCUGGGCACAGAGCAGGGAGCAGGGGCGUAGGUGCAGGGCUGGUGCAGCAAGGCUGGGCGUGCGAGGGGGCGAUGAUGGCUCGGUGCAGAGGAGCUGGGUGCGGUGUAGAGGAUCUGGGCUGUGCAGGGGCGAGAGGAAGCUGGAGAUUGAUGCAGAGGAGCGUGGAGGCUGAUUUGGGAGAGAGAAAAGUAAAAGAAAAAUGGAAGAACAAGGUUCUUGAGAAAAAAAAAAGAUUUAAUCUUUUUUUCUUUUCUUUUUUUUUUUUUUGAUUAAAUGGGUUUGGUAUUU